CAUACGGUACGCUUGAGAAUUGACCUCAACAUGCACUCACAGUGACAAAAGAAACGAUCAUCUAAUAAUCCAUUUGAAUCUCUCUCCUCGUCAUCACUGCUGACCUCAACCUCCUCCUGUUCCUCCGCCGCCGCCGCUCACUUCCUUCCCUCGUCAUAGUUUCUUUGCUUACUCUAGGGCCUGAUCGUUCAUCAUGCUUCUCAGACCAGCAGCCUUCCGACCCUCCGCAUUCCCCUCGAUCGCCAAAUCAAUACCCACUGCCGCAAGGGCACGAGUGCGGUCACCACUCAGUCGACCGGUGCUGGUCGCGUUUGGUGCCUCUCUGGGCGCUGCACCUUUCCUUCAUCCCUCAAGCACAGCUCGACUGGACACCUCACCUUAUUCUCCUCAAGCCGCCGAGUUCAGCAGUACUCCCUAUACACAUUCCCGAGAUGCCAGAAACCCAUUGACAAAAGAUGGAAGGACACUCAACCCCGCGGCCGUCAAGCAGAUCAGCUUAGGAGCCAUACUCGGUCUAGGGGCGGGGGUAGUCUUGUCGGCUUUCUCAAGCAUGUUGACACUGAUAAUCGGGUUGGGGAUCGUCUUUUGGCAGUACGCCGCUCGCAAAGGCUACAACUUUAUCCCGGUCGAACGCCUACAACGGUAUUUCAAGAACAUCGACCUGCGAAGUGCGAUCAACGACAAUGCGGCGUUCAAAAUUAGCUUUGGUCUAUUAUUCGCUUUGACGGCGUUUGGGGAUUUCUGAAUGAACAAAAACACGCAUUUGACCGAUCAGAGGCUUAUUGCAUUGUUUCGUUAUGCUCCAUCACAUGCCUGGUCAUAUCUAUAGGGUUAUGACAAGAACUUUUCCCAAAAAUAAUACAUGCUAAUAUGCAUUCCGUCGACCAUUCAGGUCCGAACAUUUUGCAUAAGCUGAUCCUCCUCCUCUGCCUCACUCCCAUCCGAACCUUCUUCAUCCAUACUCUCUCUACGCCGUCUAAGAUCCACACUUGCUCCCCUCGUAGUCUCGACACCAACGUGCCCCUCAGGCAACAGAUUCAUCGCAUCCUCCACGUCGUCCAAAUGCCCAUGGACCUUCCACACCAGUCCACC